AUGGCUGCGGCGGAGGAGGAGCCGCUGCUGGGCGCGCUGGACGUGGUGCUGCUGGCGGUGCUGCUGGCGGGCGCCAUCUGGUGGCUGAUGCGCUCGCGGCGGCAGCGCGCCGAGGCGGCGGCGGCGGCCGCGGCCGCGCCCAAGUCCUACUCCAUCCAGCCCACGGCGCUGGGCGCGCAGCCCUCCGACCAGUCCUUCGUGAAGAAGCUGCGCUCGUCGGGGCGCAGCCUCGUCGUCUUCUACGGCAGCCAGACCGGCACCGGCGAGGAGUUCGCCGGCCGCCUGGCCAAGGAGGGCAUCCGCUACCGCCUCAAGGGCAUGGUGGCCGACCCCGAGGAGUGCGACAUGGAGGAGUUAACUAGCUUGAAGGAAAUAUCAAACUCGCUAGCUGUGUUUUGCCUUGCUACGUACGGCGAAGGUGAUCCCACGGACAAUGCGAUGGAGUUCUACGAAUGGCUGCAGAACGGGGAUCCAGAUCUCGCAGGACUUAACUAUGCGGUGUUCGGGCUGGGCAACAAGACGUACGAGCACUACAACGAGGUGGCGAAGUACGUGGACCGCCGCCUGGAGGAGCUGGGAGCCACGCGCGUCUACGAGCUGGGCCUCGGCGACGACGACGCCAACAUUGAAGACGACUUCAUCACGUGGAAGGACAAGUUCUGGCCGGCCGUGUGCGAGCACUUCGGCAUCGAGGCGACCGGAGAGGAUGUGAGCGUGCGCCAGUACCGCCUCACCGAGAACCCGGAGGUGGCGCCCGACCGCGUGUACAGCGGGGAAGUGGCGCGCCUGCACUCGCUCAAGAACCAACGCGCGCCCUUUGAUGCUAAAAAUCCAUUCCUUGCCAAGAUCAUUGUGAAUCGUGAGCUACACAAGGCUGGCGACCGUUCCUGUAUGCAUAUUGAAUUUGAUAUUGAAGGUUCUAAAAUGCGAUAUGAUUCAGGUGAUCAUUUGGCUGUAUAUCCUACAAAUAAUGAGCAGUUGGUAAAUCGUAUUGGUGAACUUCUUGGAGUUGACUUGGAUGUUAUCUUCACACUUACAAAUACUGAUGAGGAUUCCAGCAAGAAACACCCAUUCCCUUGUCCCUGUUCGUAUAGAACAGCACUGACACAUUACUUGGACAUUACAUCCAAUCCUCGCACUCACGUUCUCAAAGAACUCGGCGAAUACGCCAAGGAUCCGAAGGAACAAGAGAAGCUGAAAUCAAUGGCAAGUACCAGCCCAGAAGGAAAACAACUGUAUAAUCAAUGGAUUAUUCAGGACAAUCGCAAUAUUGUACACAUUUUGGAGGAUUUGCCAUCUUGCAAGCCUGCAUUAGACCAUCUCUGUGAAUUGCUUCCUCGUUUGCAAGCUCGCUAUUAUUCUAUCUCGUCUUCACCUAAAGUAUAUGCAAAUACAGUUCAUGUGACUGCUGUGUUGGUAGAAUAUGAAACUCCAACUGGUCGUAUCAACAAGGGUGUAGCAACUAGUUGGUUGAAACAAAAACAGCCUUCUGAACCAGACUUUCCUCUUGCACCAAUAUACAUUCGUAGAUCUCAGUUCAGGUUACCUACACGUCAUCAAACGCCCAUCAUUAUGAUUGGACCUGGCACUGGUCUAGCUCCUUUCCGUGGUUUCAUUCAGGAAAGACACAUUGCCAAGGAAGAAGGAAAACCCGUUGGUGAUAGUAUUCUGUAUUUUGGAUGUAGAAAGAAGUCAGAAGAUUUCAUUUAUCAGGAGGAACUUGAAGAGUAUGUUAAGAAGGGAGUGCUUACGAUGCAUACAGCAUUUUCAAGAGAUCAACCCAAUAAAGUUUAUGUUACACAUUUACUAGAGAAAAAUAUGGAUGAAAUAUGGAGAGUAAUUGGAGAGAAUAAUGGACAUUUGUAUGUUUGUGGUGAUGCCAAAAAUAUGGCCAGAGAUGUCCAUAACAUUGUUUUGAAAGUUGUCCAAGAGAAGGGCAGUAUGAGUGAAGCAGAAGCAUUAGCAUAUGUAAAGAAAAUGGAAGCUCAGAAACGCUACUCAGCUGAUGUUUGGAGUUGAAGAAAUGAUGAUAUAGGACCAAAGGAGAUAACUGCCACUAGUGUAAGAAUGUAACAGGCCAUGGUAGGGUAUUCAUACCCUCACAUACCACUGUUCAGUGCCAGUUUGCCAUGUGCAGACCAACAAAAUAGGUACAGUCUGAAGUGCUGGGAAGUGGGAAGUGCUAGUUUAAGUGUUUAUACUGAGAAAGCAUGACAAACUGUGCAAAUAGUUUGAUUUUGUUGGAAAUGUUAACAGCGCAUAAAGCACUUUGCUGUGGACAGUAAUAAGAUACAUAUUUUAACAACAAUUAUUUUUAAGAUGUACAUUUGUUUUGAAAUAUUUGUUAGGGUGGAUAAGGUAUUUCUAUUUACGAGACCAGGUAGUGCCUUGUGCACAUCUAUUUGAUAUCAUAAUACAUUUGUUAAUAAAAUCACAGCAUCUGUUAUGUAUAUAUUGUUUUUAUUUUCCCUAAGAUCCUUCCAUGACUAUGUUAAUUUGGAAAAUCAUAAUUGCACCAUGUGCAGACUACUAUGAAAAUUAAUUAUUCUAUUAGAAUUUCAGUUCAAUUAAGUGGCAUUGCCUACCUGGUAGACACGGUAAUGUUCUGGAGUUUUGAGUCGUGGAUUAGCAAUAUGAAAAUUGUCAAUACAUCUAGUGUGCUUAAUGUUAUACUUCUACUACUGUUCCUACAAUGUACAGUUGAACCCCAGUAUUUAGAACUAAUUGGGAGUGUCGUCUGUUCCGAUUUGGAAACUUGUUUCGAUUAUUAAUUCGACUUGUUUCAAUAAUUACUGUUCAGUUCAGUAAUUAUAAAAUCUGUUCUUUACAUUACAAAAAAGCAUUUUAUUAAUUUUGUUUAGUUUUCCUCCACUGCAAAUUUUGUUCGGAUUAUCCAAAAUUUCAGAUUUUCUGGGUUUAGAUUGGCAAUGUUCUU